UGGGCGGGAGAAAGCUGAUAAACGCGGAGGUAUUAGUGGGCCUGAAUAGCCGGCGCUCGGUCUGUGAUUUGUUGCUGCUCGCAGGAGGAGGGAUCUGCCAUCUCCACGAGACCAUCAAUAAGUGAAGUUAGCGUGGCCCAAAUGCGUUAACCAGUUUCACAACUUUCUGUGCCAACUAUGUGUUCUCUGCUUGCCUCAGUUCUAAAAGCUCUGCGUCUUCCCCAGGCGGGAGGGUGAGGAGGAGGUUAGCUGGCCACCUCUGGACACAUGCUGUGGCCUCUUCAUUUGCACUGUGAGCUCCGUGCUCAGUGGGUGCUCCCAGUUUUCAGCAAUGAGACGUGAGCCUCUUCCUUUCAGCUUCAAUGCCAAUCUAAUUUGCACGAAGGAAUUUCUGAUACUAUAGUGAUUGAUUGUGAUGCAGAGUCCUAGCAGAGCCUCCCACUCCACCCUGGAAUUCAGAUGUCACUGAGCCCUACUACAACUGAAAUGUUUCUCGGUACAUAAUGGGAGCAGAAUGCACCUCUGCAGUGUGUGGGCUAAAAUGACAGGGUCCAGCUGCUCCUCGCUCCAGGUCCUUGCCUGCAUUAUAUGAAUAUUUGGAACAGGAGUAUUCAUCAAAGCAAUAAAGCUGAUGAAGGGACUAGAGAAGAAAUGUGGAGCUGGAGUUGUUUAACCCGGAGAACAAAAGGCUGAGGGAAGACUUCAUCAAUCCACAACUACAUGAGAGGAGGCUGCAGUGAGGAGGGUAUCACUCACUCUUCUCAGUCUGUUUUACAGAAUUUGAGCUCAGGACGUAGUUGCCAGCUUCCUGCUGCUCCCCUGUCAUCUCAUUUUCAGCUCCUAGUUAAGCUCCUAGCAGCUUAACUAAAAUCUGCAAAAAUUCUCUGCUGCAAGAAAACGGGUGUGAUGUCAUCAGAAGAUGAUGCCGGUGGGGAGGCUCCUGAGGGUAGUUUCUGGGAGGCUGGAAACUACAGGCGGACAGUGAAGCGGGUGGAUGAUGGCUACCGGCUCUGCAAUGACUUAAUCUCCUGCUUCCAGGAGCGAGCCAAAAUAGAGAAGAACUAUGCCCAGCAGCUAACAGAGUGGUCCCGAAAAUGGAGGACCAAUGUGGAGAAAGGUCCACAGUACGGCACCCUGGAGAAGGCCUGGCAUGCAUUUUUGACAGCCGCAGACAAACUAAGUGAGAUUCACUUAGUUGUCAGGAACCACCUGGCUGGUGAAGAUUCAGAUAAGAUCAAGGCCUGGCAGAAGGAAGCCUACCACAAGCAAAUAAUUGGGGGUUUCAAGGAGACAAAGGAGGCAGAGGAUGGGUUCCGCAAGGCUCAGAAGCCCUGGGUGAAGAAGAUGAAAGAUGUGGAGACUUCUAAGAAAAACUAUCAUGCAGCCCGGAAGGAAGAGAAAACAGCCCAUACAAGGGAGAAUCAUGCCAAGGCAGACUCCUCUGUAUCACAGGAGCAGCUGCGCAAGUUGCAGGAGCGUGUUGAGAAGUGUACUCAGGAGGCUGAGAAGUGCAAGGAUCAAUAUGAGAAGAUGCUAGAAGAGCUGAAUCGCUACAAUCCCCGCUACAUGGAGGACAUGGAGCAAGUAUUUGAGGGCUGUCAGGAAGCAGAGCGCAAGCGAUUGUGCUUCUUCAAGGAGAUGUUCCUGAAUCUGCACCAGCAUCUCAACCUCUCCACCAGUGAAAGCUUUCAAGCAUUGUAUCGAGAUCUCUAUCAAGUUAUCAUGGCUGCAGACAACCAGGAGGACCUGAAAUGGUGGCGUAACACUCAUGGACCAGGCAUGGCCAUGAAUUGGCCUCAAUUUGAGGAAUGGUCCCUUGAAACACAGCGGCCAAUCACCAAGAAGGAAAAGAGUGGUAAGGUGGCUGAUGAUGUCACAUUGACCAGCAUUUUGCCUACACGGGAUGGUGUUGUUUCACAGACUCCUCUGCAGACAAGGCAAGGGUCUUUCUAUCAAGAGGAACAGAACAGCCUCUUCUAUGACAGCCUGAGGGCACCCACAUUUGUGAAUGGAGGGAAGGAAGAUAUUUCGGAGUGGUCAGAUGAGGACACUCCAAAGAAGUGCCUGGAUGCCAACGGGCAUGAGGAGGACAUAAAGGUACCAGGUGUACGGGUACGAGCACUGUAUGAUUACACAGGACAGGAGGCAGAUGAGCUGAGCUUUAAAGCAGGUGAAGAACUAAUGAAGAUUAGUGAGGAAGAUGAGCAGGGAUGGUGCAAGGGCCGACUUCUCACUGGCCACGUUGGACUCUAUCCUGCUAACUAUGUUGAGAAGGUUGGCUCAUGAUUACAGCUGCCCUGCCAGUGUCUCCAUCCAUACCAGCACACCUACCCCAGAGGUCACUGGGUCACUGCUGGCUCCAGUCCACCACUGCAAUAUAUCCGGCAACUUCUGGACUCUGAGGGCCUGUAUUCCAUGUAACUAAUGCUUCAUUUUAAAUGCCUAGACCUGUAGGGAUUUUCUAAUAAAUAAACAAGGAUGAACAAGACUACUCUGACUGUGAGCACUACAGGAAUAUAGAAGUACAGAAGGGAACAGAUCCUCUUGACUUGCACUCAGUGAAGGGAGAUGCAUGACAUGUGCAACUCUUCAAAACAGACAAAAGAGCUUCUUAUCUUCCAUGUAUGUACAUCCAUAAGGUGGUGAGGGCUGCCCUGCCCCCAAGCUUCCUGUUCAAGGAACUCUGCAUGAGUAGGGCUAUAGAGAACUUCUAUUCCUUCCUCUUUCUUGCUCAGUUGAGCUGACACAGAAUUCUGUUUAUUCUCAGAUCUUUCAGAAAUCUUCAGUGUCCUUCACCUGCAGGCUUGUUGACUCCUGUGGGUAAGGCAGCUGGCAUAAGUGAUAAAGUUUCAAAAGCCUUUCCAGAGGAGAUUCAGGUUGAACAACAGGAAGAACUUUGAAAGAGUGUUUAGGUGCUGGAACGAGCUGUUCAGGGAGGUGGUGGAGUCGUAAUCACUGGAAACAUUCAAGAAAUGUUUAGAUGUUGUAGUGAGGUGCAUGGUUUAAUGGAAAAUAUUGAUGUCAGGUGGACCUUAGUCUUCCUCAACCCUGGUGAUUCUAUGAUUCUAAGCCUGGAUUUCCCUCCUGCUUACCCUCCAAUCUAUUGGGAUAACACCAGGAAUGAAUGAUAGAGUACAGCUUAGGGACAGGAGAAAGGCUUCUGUCUUGUAUGGUCUGUCUGUUCACGCUAACAAAGGUGUGAAUGGAAGUGUCUGAUAGCAGAUCGGGUUGCUUUUUUUCUAGCCUGCAUCAGGUAUGCUUAUGUCCUGUUAAGUGCCAUUCAGCAAGGGAAUGCCUAUUGAACCUUUCCCUUUGUCCUGCUUUCUGCUCUUGAAAGCAUCUUGAGACUGCUGAACCAGUGCUGUCCUGAUUUGCUUAUUCAAACAUAACGAUUUGCCUAAACAUGUGUAACAUGUGAUGGGCAUUUCCCAUGCACAAUAAUCCCAAGGCUACAAGAAAAUGCAAAAGGAAAAGCAAACAUUCAUGGUAUAAAACUGAAUAGGCUAAAAACUGGCUACUUAUUGUAUCUCAGCAGUAAAUUCUAUCAGAUGCGGAGUGAACUUGUAGUAGCCUUGUGCAGUGUACUGCUUGUUCUGAGUUGGCAUGCGUGAAGAUCAUGUUUCAGUUAGACUCAAAAACCUCAGUCAAGCUUCUGCCAACCACAUAGGGACUAACAGCUGUAGGGCUGUUUGGAGAAGAGAUGAUACAGUCUGAAGUUGUAAGUGAACAUUUGGGAUUAAAUGACUGCAGAAUUGUAGCAGCUAGCAAAUCAAAACUGGUAUUUAGCAAGCACAGACUGAAAAAGGAGUUGGGGAUGGGCAGAUUUAAAUGCUGUUGGUGAAAGUAUUACAAAGAUCUUGGUGCCUGCUAAAGAGUGGAAAUUAGUCUCUCACAGCAUACUGGAUGCAUAGAAGUAGUGUGCUGUGGAUAAAGAUCUGAGAUGGAUGCUGUCUAGGUCUCUUGUGAGACUGCAGAAAUGCAGUGGCUGUUGGGACAGAUCUUGUUCAAGGCAUCUCUAGCACUGUACCUUUACCAUUGUAUGGAAAGAAGCAUGAAAACCAAAAGGAUGAGGCUAAAUAGACAGCUGGCUCUGAAUUGGUAAUACCACUUCUCAGGAAAAGAGAAAAGUAGUUGGAGAACCAAGCAACAGACAUUAAACAAGCUUGGAUUUAACUGUGACUUUACUUACUAUUCUAGGCCCAAUUUUAGGAGAAAUCACUAAGCUUAUACAAUCUAAUCAAAUAUGUCAGUGCAUAAACAUUUGCAUUUAAAGAUCUCAUCUCCUCUUGUAGUACCAUCUCCCGUGUAAAGUAGCAGCUGUGUUGUAUGGUAACUGUAUGUGUUCCACUGCUUGACUGCCAACUGAGCAUCUUGCUGUUUUGGUCUAAUGCAUAUGAGGCCUGCCAGGCCUGUGAGAUAAAAAACAAGAACAGUCAAGGAUGAAAUGACCUGACUUGCACUGUGAUAAAAAGAGAAAUUGAUGUUGUUAGCCUGGAUGUUUCCAAACACUAGUACUUGCCUUUCAGGUAAGGUCAAAAUAAAAAUGUAGAAGAGAGUUACAGAGGAAAAGGUGGAAGCAUGACUUCAAUUUUUCUAAGUCUGAUUGGGUUAUAAUUAGGGAUGGCAGUAGGUGGGUCCAGAACUGGUGGUGAGGACAGAAAUGGCCAGCAAGCAGGACCCCUGGUUAUAGCAUAAACAACCUGAAAUUCCACAGGACAAAGUCUGAACAGAUUUGUUUGUCCUAGAAAAACCCAACCACUUGAUCAUAAUGGCCUGCUUGAAGGUUGCCAGAAAUAGUGACACACCAUAGAUUAUAUGAAUGUGUCUCCUAAAGAAUGUUUGCACAUCAAAUUGCUGCCAAGAGCUGAAUUAAGGGACAGGAGAAAUCAUAUCAGGAAUAAAAAACUGCUCUGCUUUACUGUAGUUCAUAAAUUUUGGUAUGGCUCUUAGUCCUGGGUACCCAACCCCAAGUGGAUUAGUAAAAGAGAGCCUCUGUAAAGAACUUUCCCAUGGGAAGAAAACAAAACAACAAAAAAAAAACCCGUAAUGGUCUUGUAUUAACGUAAUAGGUCUGCCUGGAAACUUAGUUUUCCACAGGAGCAAAUGCAGGGGGUUUUUAAGUGUAAAGGUUCUAGUUGAAACUUGUUAUCCAUGCUUUUGAGUGGUUUUGCAUGAACAGAGAGAUGCACAAGUGAAGUAACUGUGUCUGAAUUUCAUAAGGCUAGCAAAGCCUAUUCUUCCCCUAUACUAUCUGUGAAAACAUACAGAUGUGUCUCUUUGCCUAACAGUGACACAGUGACAACAUUAGUCACCAAUUUUUUAAAUGAAGCCCUUCCUUGUGAAAAGCUUGCACAGCUGUGCUUGGCAGAUAAUUAAUUUAAUUCUGACAUUUUUCUUGGCAAGAGCUUUUAAAGUAUGGUGCAAAGCUUGGAUUUUCUGUUGAUGAGGAGUUUUUCUAGAAAGAAGUUGUUAAAGAUUUUCUAUGGCAGAUCACAUCCAUUUCCCCAAAGCAGAAGCUGAGCUUGCUCAACCCACUAAUAACAUUUCUGUCCUGUAGGCAGAAUCUGUCUCAGAGCCUGUAGUGUGCACAGGCCAGCUGUGCUGUGUGAUGGCAGCUGAGUUGUGGUUAGCCUCUAACCUUUGGUGACAGUCCCACAACCCUGUGUGGAGCUUGGGGCCAGUUGUGCUUCAGUUUACUUUCCAUCCCAUUUCCCCAUUUCACGUCCUUGUGGCUGGUUUGCCACAACGAGGAAGGUACUAGAUGUCAGUUCUGCACAGCAAUUCCUGAGCUGUUAAAAGUCAUUCUGAAUUCCCUUUGCUCCUACUGUGUUUACAAGUCUAACCUAAGGCUGCAGUUGUUGGUUGCUCAGCUCUAUUUCAGGCACGUUCUACUUGACUGAAGUGCAGGCAAACUGCACAACUUUGGGUUGCUUCAGUUGCAUAUUCAGAUCUGCUUGUGUUUUAUUCAUGGACAAGAGGCUGCAAAAUUCCCCUCUGCUUGUGAGGAAAGCAGUCCUGGAGUUAAAAUGGACCUGAACAGUGCUUCUUGAAGAAAUAACUGCUCCUAGGUUAACUGCACAUAGACUGGCAGGGGUGCUCCGUGUUGCUUGUGGGGCUGAAACUGAUACAAUGCCAGUGUCACCACAACUCCAGCUUCACCUAUGGAAAAAUGGUUAGAAAGUACCCACCAUGUGUUGGCAUGAGCCAUUGUGCAAGAACAGGAAGGGUGGAUGAUACGAGGCAAAGUGUCUUCAGAGGGCUCUUGCUCCAAAAUAAAAGAAAGGAGGAAAAAAAACUAACCUGUGAUCAAGUGCUGUACUGCCAUCCAGUUUCAGACUACAAGGAGGUGGAAAGCUCAGGGACUGCAAAGGAGUGAAACUGUUAACUCACCAAGGAAGAGCAAAUGGGAUGAAUGUGAGAGGAUGAUUCUAGACAAGAUGAAGAAGGAAAAGUAGGGGGUGGAGGCAACGGGAUAGCUGGAAAAGAUUGACUGUUUCUCUGUUGGGACAUCCUGACUAAACAACAGGACUGCAGUGAAUAAAUGAACAAGUUUCAGACCCGGUCACUUUCUUAGUUGCUUUUAACACACCCAGUUUAUUGUCUGGGUCAUCCUGCCUGUCUGAUAAUCCUACUUGCAGAGGUUCAUGGUUUGUUGUCAGUCUCUCAGCUUAAAAUAAUUACAGCUGCAGCCUGAGACUUCCUUUCUCCUGAAGCAUUCUAGUGGUCAGCACCUUUCCCCUGUUAAGUGCAGAGGCCUGUAAUCUCUCCUCUUAAAGUCCCAGCGCUUUCACUGGGUCCAGCUAUUUAUAGAUUCUAUGAUCCCUUCCUUUCUGUACUUCCCUUCUCAACUGGAAAUCUUCUUCCAGGACCCGUUGACUUCACAAACUCUUUCCUUCCUGAGUCUAUUGUUCCUGCUUUUGGCGGGAGGCUGACACCAAAACAAUCCCCAUCCCCAGCUGUGAGCAUACUGGCCCUUUCUCUCAAAUUCUCCUCAGGGAUUCCCCGCAGGUGCCACAGUGUUCCUAAGCAGUGCCACAUCCACCAUGCUUUGUAUGUUUGUCUCACUUGGUGACCCUGCAACCUUUCUACACAUUGUGGCCACCCACAGAGCUGAACCACUGCUACCUACUCUCCACCCAAAUCACAGUUCACAGGGGUGCUUAUGUGCACUGAUUAUUGUUUGUUUUCAGAAGAGUAAAACAACAGCUUUCUCACUUUUCCUUGCUCACAUUGUAUUUUCCUUAGUGCUGCCUGCCUUGGGUCACUCUCUUCCCCUUUAGGCAUGCUUCCUACCUGUCUUGUAAGUGCUGCAGGCAACUAGUCUUUGUACUAAAGGGAUUCAGUUUAGAAAACUCUGGUGAGUGAGGUAAUUUGCAAGGAACUGAGUUUACACAUUUGCUGGAAAAGGUCACAUCUGAUAGGACAGCCCUAUUGGCUCUGUCCUCCAGCAAGUUAGUGCUUGUGCUGUUUGGGCUACCUUCAAGGAAGCAUUGGACAAUCUGAGAAACUCCCAAACAGGUAUGUUGCUCUGUUGUGAAAAAGGAGGUGCUUUUCUCACUUUAGUACUACCGUCUUCCCCCUUCUCCACCUCUCCUUUUUCCCCCUGCACAUAAGUCACUUGAUUUUUUGGCUUAUCUAAUUCUACCAUUAAAGUUCUUCAGUAAAGAAUCUCAAAGCCACAGAAAGCACUAAUUCUGUUAAUUACCAUGUGGCCUAUUCCAGGACUGUGGGCUGACAGUUAAGCUAGUCCUGACAACCCACGACCAACAUAAACUGCAAUUCUCAAAGGCAGUACUUUUUUUGCUCAAGGAACUGGAUUUCUUGUAACUUUAGGGUCUGUGAAACCAACUCCUUUGGCUGCUUGGUCUCUUGAGUUUCAGCUGCUGCAGAUGUUGAACGCAGGCAAGCGGCUCAAGGAUGCAAGCAAUUGCCUCAUGCCUCACAGACAGGCAAAGCUAACUUGGCCUUGAGAUGUUAUGUCUCUGCUGUGCUCUUGCUGAACAGCUAGGAAGCACUGGUCCCUAGAUGUGACCUCCCUCUGCUUGAGCACAACCCUCCCACAGAGCACUAAAAAGAUAGACACAGUUCCUAGUAGAUAAACUUGCUGCUCACCUGAAUGGUUCCAGAGCCUGAAGCAUGCUGUGGACAAAGGUGAGAAGUAACAAGGAUCAAAGAAGUACAUGAACUCCAACAUGAGUGGUUGGAUGCAGGAACAUGGGCUCCAUUGAGAUGACAUCAAUUGUCACUCAUGGUGGCAGUGCCUUUGUUAGGGCACUUGCAUCUGACAUCAUGGGGAUGCUGACACCUGGGUGUUGCUGUUGUACUGCUUGAGGAUAAAGCCGCACAGCAGCUCAACCCUACCACUGCUAUGGAAGGUAGCAAGGAAGAUGUAGCUGAGGAGCACUUUCUAGCAUCUAUGGAGUCCUGCUGCCACAUGCAGGAAGACUUCUCCAAUCAACUGACAUGUUGUCUGCACUGUGUACCCCAGCUCCAAAGCCAGACAUUGCAUACCACAGGUUGUAAUGGAUCUGCUUCUCCAGCGGCAUUGUUCCAAGAGCAUCAAACAGUACUGGAACUCUGUCCCCAGCAUGCAGACUGCCUGCCAAGGCACUGGAGGCUGAGGUCUGGUAAAAG